AUGCCGCUCAUAUCAGUUCUGGGCAGGCGCAGCCCAUGCAAAGAGCAACCCGAUGAAUCAUUGAAAUUACCAUUUCCACAACACCACGCUAAUGCAGUUGAUCAAGAGAUAAGAGGUUUUCCUCCCCACCUUUGCCAGGCUGCUAAGACUGUAGCUGCUCAUGCAGACAAGCACAAGAGUAUCUCAAGAACACGUCGCCGGAAUCGGCCACUCCUGGUCUCGCUGGUUUCCACUGUUUCUCUUGUAGCCAUCAUAAUGCUGUGGUAUUUAUGCAAAGCCUUCCGCAGCACCAAACAAGCGUCAGGAGACACAACUCGCAGGCUCUCUUACAAGGCAACACAGGAAGACGGGGAUGAGAUGUCGCGUAUCUUGGAGCAAUGCUUGGAAAUGGAGGAGGAUUUGGGAAUUUUCUUUUCAAGACCUCAAUCGCCUCUGGGCACUGAGCCGCCGGCAAAGAUAGCGAAGUUGGUGUCGAUGUUAAGUAAGGCUGCAACCCAGCAUGAACGGAUGGUGAAGGUAGCAUCGACGUCGCAUGAAACCUCCACUCGAUCUGUGAAGAUCCUACCGUACAGUUCUUCGUUGCAAGCUUUCACUGGAAAUAACGAAGCUAUCCCUGCCCCAAAUUUACAGCCUUGUCGUUGUGUAACUAUGACAUCGGGCUCCACUGGAGCUCAAGGAGGACAGGAAACUGCCAGCACAACUUUGGACAACGCCGGAAAGCCGCAUUGCGGGCGGAGAACAUCCUCGUCACUAGAGACUCCACCGUCUACAGGAGGAAAAAGUGAACCAAACAAACAAAGAAAUAAGCUCGAACACCCUUAUGUGCGCCUGCCAGUGCUGGAGUCAGAUGUUAUACCGAGAAUGGUCCAGCCAACACUCGUUUUUCGUCCAGAUCACGCAAAUACCCUUUCCUAUUCUGAACUACAUACAUUGCGGAAUUUGUUUGCAAAAGAAAAGCUCAACCAACAUGAUGCGGAUACGCUCGUUGUUGAGUUAGAGAAUUUGGCUUCUAGAUUUUGGUGUCUGGCGCAGCGUGGCUUCGAAAAGACCUCUCCCACUUUCGCCAGUGCGACCUUGGGGGGAUAUUUUCUCGCAUUUGACUUCAUAGUUCGUGCAAACGAGGUCCUCGGGGACUCCAUGCAAUUAUCCGCUUGGUGGGGAAAAUUCAUCUCAGCCUUCGAAACCGAUUACUCAUUCACCCCACCGAGCAAGUUCUCCAGGAUCGCUACAAGAUUUCACGGGAAACUGGCAGCUCGCUUGCUUGACGCGCUUAGAAUCUACAAAUCAGGGAAACGGCCACCUGUGGAUGAUGUUAUUGAGAUAAAGCGGAUGUUGUUGUUCUCGCCCCAUUCGUCGCCGCUAUUCAAGGAUAUUCAGUGGGACACUUGGAGAGCUGAUGACUACCAUUAUCAUAAGUUCCCUCCACAUAUAUUUGACAUGUUCGUAUGA